AUGACUUCCAAACUACCCGAACCCAGCGUACGCACACGCCAAAUCCGCUCGUCGACCAUGGUCAUCCCGAUCCGGGUCGACGGGCCGCCGUCCACAUCCUCCCCUCUCUCUCCGCGUCGAAGGGGAGGGUCCAGCUUCAAGACCUCCAAUUUUGGCGAGACGCACAUCCACUCGCGCGGCAUCGCGCAUACCCCAUUGAGCGCGUCGCGCAUACUUCCCAGCGUAGGCGCAUCACCCGAUUCGAGCCGGCGGAGCAGCGUGCAGGAACUGCCACCGCCGCCGGAGAUAGUGGGCCCCCUGGAUCGCGCAACACUCUCCCUGUACACGUACACGCCGAACUUGAGCGUCGCGGCGGCGGCGGCUCCAAGUAACUCGUUAUUACCCGCGCCCGCAGCCAACCUCGCUUGCUUGAGGGUACAGCUCAGCUACGCGUCGCUUCCGUGGCCCGUCAAGGCUGGCGACUUUCUGGAGAUUCGGCGAGUGCCGGGUGGCGCGCCGCGCCGCGGCGGCCCGCCACAGCGGACAGGUGAUGGCGAGGCCAUCGAGGGCGUCAAGCCCAACAAGGGGCGAGACGGGUAUGUGUUCCAAGUGCGAGAGGAUAUGCCAUCAGUCCCCCUCAACCAAAUCCAGGUACCCAACAGCGUCGCCAACGCGUAUCGCCUCCAACACCGGCAGGACGUCGAGGUGCUCAAGAUCUCGGAUCCCGCGACUGCAAACAUAGACUUCAUCGAACUCCACUUCUCCCAGUACUUGGGCCGCGCAGACAUGUGGCGCCUUGGCAUGAGCCUCGAGAGUACUACCGUGCACGUCGGCGAGAAGGUAACGCUCGCUGGUGGUGCGGUGCGCGCCGACAUCCAGGGUAUCUGGCGCGGGCGACAUCGGUACUCGAGCGGCAUCGUCACGUCCAAGACCAAGACGAUCUUCCGGUCCAAGAGUGCGCAGACGUACAUCUUCAUCUCGAUCUGUCAGGAGACUUACGAGUUUGACGAGGACGGAGAGCAGUACUACGAGAAGAUCCUGCACGGCUUCCUUCCCGAGCUCUUCCAGCGGUGGACGGCAAUAGGCGCAUCACAUCUCGUCACACUCGUGCUGUUUGCCCGCGCGUUCUACGACGACGAGGAUGUCAAGUACAUGGAGAACAACGAGGCGUCCCUCGGCCUGAUGAAGGACUUUCGCGGGCGGUGGUGCAAAGACUUUUACCGCGUUGUGAUGGAUUUUGAGCGCCGCUCCGACUGGCUAACAGCCCUUCCGGAUGUCAAGAAGGCGAUCCAGCGUGCCGAACGCGAGGUCUUCCUCGAGUUCAACCUCGGCCAGAUGGCUGGCAAAGGUCACGACGGCGAGUGCAAGCGCGUAAUCGGGUGGUGGAGCUACGCGUUCGAGGCGCCGAUCCUCGAGGCCAUCAACCUCGCUCUGAACCCGUACGACGAGCACUACAUCGACCGCGACCUGUCGCGCACCGGGUUGUCACUCAUGAUCCUCACGCCGGGAACUGGUCAUUUCUCGGUCGACAAGAACCUCCUCCGCUUGACGACUGAGCGCAUGAUCGACCAUGGGAUAGCGCUCGACCUCGUGUGCAUGACCAAGAUGCCGUUGCACUCGGUCCCGCUGUUUAGUUACAUGUCUGAGCGGCCGAAGCGGACGAUGGACGACGACGGCGAGAUCAAGAACAAACCAGCUACCCCUGACCCGCUCUACUACGACGCGCCGCACGUGUCGGACCGCGACAUGACUGAAUGCUACUCACUUGCGUUCUGGGUGUACUGCUCGUACUACAGCAAGACGCACGACAAGCCGUUCAGAAGAGACCGUUUCAUCCCUCGCUGCAAGAUGUACGAGAUCCAGAUGCUCGGUAUCCUGGACCACAACCUCACGACCGUGAUUGUGCCGAUGCUCGACUGGGACGAGACGCAUUUGGCGGACCGGAAGGAGCUCACGGCAGAGGAGCGUCGGGCCAUGCACGACGAGUACGACGCCAGCCUAUUUACGAGCAACAAGCUUGAGUGGGGAAAGGAGGCGCUGUCGCCGCCGAGCACCACGCGCUCUGGUGUCAGCACGUCCCUCGGAACUAGCUACCAGUCAAGCAAGCUGCUCCGCGACGACAGCAAGACCUCGACACCCGCUCGUCCAACAGGCUCUAGAACGGGCAGUCGUGAUCGCAUCGCACGCGACUCCCGCGAGUCACUCCUCACCAAGCGCUUGUCGCCUGCAGUCGAGGAGCCUUAUCCCCAUACCGCAUUGCCAGACAUCACCGGAGAGGACAUGCCGGACGUCCCGUGGCGUCCCGCACCCGUGCCCGCCCCGAGGCCUCAGUCAGAUCCGCGGUCUGACCGCCGCCGUUCCUCCAACGAGCAGACCCCACUAGCGCGACAGAUGCGCAUCGCAAGUAUGACCUCGAUUGACACGUCUCCCUCUCAUUCUGUCAUCUCGCUGCCUUCCGGGGCAUCCACACCCAAGGGUACACCAGCGAAGCGGCUCAAAAACCAGAGCAGUCGUGGGUCCUUCGCAUCCCGCUUUGCAAGUACGUGGCUCUUCGGCUCGUUCAGCACGCGUGCGUCACCGUCCAAGGCAACGGCGGCUACCGAGACCGUCGAGCGACAGGACGUCUCGGCUUCGCGGAUUGACAUGGGAAAUACCAGUCUGCCUGCGUCUCCAGCUCUCUUGAACCCCUCCUUGACCCUCCCUGUCUCACCCGUGAUUGUCCGCUCUCCACUCCCAAUUAUCGACGCCGUCCCACGGGAACGUCCAUACAAUGGCCCGUCGCCGGCCAAGCCGAAGCCCGUGCCGCAACGCCCGACGCAGCCGGUUCCUAUCCUCUCGGCUGUCGGUGGACGAUUGUUCGACGACGAGCACAUCAUAGCGCGCUCCGUCCCACGGUCGAUGCCCCGCUCGAUCCCGCGGUCGCUACAUUCCCUCCGUCUUGGUCGGUCGCUGGACGACUCAUGGCGCAACAAGACGAAUGCGGCAUUCGGACGAACAUGUCAGCACCGCACGGUUAACCCGUGCAAUCCGCGCGAGAGCUUUGUCGACAGCGGCAUCGAAGGUGGACACGCGCGGCGGUGGCAGCACGUCCGGCCCCGCAUGACUACCGGCAAGCAGCACGUCGUCAAAUGGCGCAGUCUGUCUCUGCCGGCAUGUCUACCACUCACAACUGACUUUAUGCCAACGCCGGAGGAAAUAUCGACGUACUACGAGGCGCACAGCUAUGACAUUGCGUGCUUCCCCGACCAGGUAUCGUUCCUGAUCCGUGCGGAUGCAGCCCAGGUAAACCUCCCACUCGCAGUGAUGAGGGAGAUGGCGAGUCAGCGCCUUUCGCAGAACUUCCAGUUCAUCGUGCUCCCACACAACACUGUCGUCACGGACGAGGCGCAGAACGCAACCAACCUCGCUUUCAAGAACUUGUUGUUGACCGACAGUACCGCCGCUGGCCUGCGCGUUGGCGGUGCGAGCGAGGUUCUCAAGGACGCGAACGGCGCGAUCUAUCUGAGCUGGUCGAACCACAUCCACCGCCUCACUUUCGACCCACAGAAGCAGAGCGUGACGGUUCAGCGGUUUGUGCGCAAGAUUCGGCACUCGACCAAGCCGCACGCAUACAAGGCUCUCGUGUGGCCGUAUCACCACCGCGGUUACCAGGAGGCGACCGCCAUGUUCCGGUAUCCGAACAUCGACGCCAAGCUCAACUUCAACUAUCUUGACCGCCUGAUCGCUGGCGAGGAGGCGCAACUGCAGUCCAACCUCCGCUUCUGGCGUGCGCGUUAUUUGCUGAUUCCGUCAGGGCGCGAACCGACAAGCGUCGCCGGCUUAAUGCCCAGAGGCUCACAGGGCGAGGAGUACAACGCGAGCGAAAUCCUCAUAACGGGAGCGGUUAAAGUGCUCGAGCUCAUGGGCAAGUACCAGUGGAAGGGGCCGCACGAGAAGCCAACACCACUCCGGUUGCUGGCAACGACGUUCGACCCGUCCACCUGCGUCCUCGAUGAAGGACUGCUCGGAGAGCUUGACCGGCUAACCUCGGGCAAGGAGAGGAUCGAGACGGGCCACACGCUCGAGGGCAUGACGCUACCUGCACUCGCCGACAUGAUGAACAGGCCCAACAACGGGCUAAUCAUUCGCGACCGGUACUGGGGAUUCAAGGUGCACGAGGAUUCGUUCACAGGCGACCAGUUCUGCCAGUGGCUGAUCGCGUCGUUCUCGGACGUGCAGACGCGCGAGCAGGCCGUCGAGUGGGGCCAGUCUCUGCUAGAGAAGGGUCUGUUCGAGCACGUGAACGGCAGGCACACAUUCCAGGACACCAUGUUCUUCUACCGCUUAAGCUCGCAGUACGACAAGGACGCCAAGUCGCGCGCGUCCAAGAGCUGGUUCGGCAAGACACCCGUGUCGUCUCGAACGUCGGCACCCGACCCGUCCAGCGGACCAAGCACGAGUCCGGUUGCGCGUGCGAGUCUGAAGCUCACGGACAAGCCGGUCAAGAAGCGCAAGGUCAAGAUGAGCCAGAGCAUUGUCAUCGACCUCGAUCCGCACCGCAAGUCGGACCGCGCUGAGGUGGCAAUGCUGCACGCCGACAUCAUCCACAACUCGCGCAACGCUUUCCACUUUGAGCUCAACUGGCUCGGCGUGACCGCCGGCCUGCUCGACGACCUGCGCUUCAAGUGCUCGACUUUGGCGGAGCGGUACGGGCUGCGUUUCAUUGAAGCACCCGUCGAGCAGAUCAAGGACGUAGGUGGGAAAUGCGCCUUCCGUGCCCCGUUACAGAUUCGCCUCGCCCUCUCCCCGCCAAUCUACCCGGACCUGCACCUCCGCCUGGCCGAUACGACGGGAACAGCACAAUGCGCCCAGUACUUUGAGUACCAGAUCCUCACUCAGAAGUUUGGGUUCGUGCUCGACGUCGAGGCUAGCGACCGGUACCCGGACAAUAUAGAUGCCGACUACGUCUACCGCUCCAAGACAAAGUUCGAAUACUCGCAGUUUGUGCAUCGGUCCGGCCUCGGCCUCGUCCAGUGCUUGGGCAAGGAGGAGGGCUUCCUGUGGGUCGACAACCGGCCAUUCAUCUCGGCGCCUACCCGCGGUCGGAGCCAGAGCGUGCAGGGCGACCAAGGGAUCAGCCCCAUGACCAGCAAGCAGGAGCAGGCAAAGGCUCUCCGGCUAGAGUUUAUGGCGUUCUGCGCCGACCGUACCGCGCUCCUCAAGUUCUACGACGAGGUCACACCACCCCUCCCGAUCGAGGUUGCGCUUGCUGCGCACACCGUCGAUCUCGGACACGUUGACGGAGACAUUACCCCCCCAGACGCGUGGGCUGGUGGGUUUUAG